GAUUCACUUGUCCUAAAGGUGGCCAUCUGGUGUUUGACAAAGGAACUCCUCAGCAGCCUCCAAGAGGAUGCCAGCCCUCAUAAUUUACAGCCUGCAGCUACCUGUGCAUGGCUUGGACUACGGCUGGUGCCUCUGAAUCGCCUGGUACUGGUGGCUCAUCAGCAGCUCGCUCCUGCCCUCCAGUUCCAUGAACUGGAGGUGCCCAUGCUGUCCACGUGUGAACUGAGGCAAGAGGAAUCCCACCUCCUGGGGGGCUGUGGGGUGCAUGGGAGGGCGCUGAGUCCCCUUCCAGCCCCAGGACUAUAAAGUCAGGGUGAGAUGCCUCAACUGACUCAGCUGAAUCCCUUCCCUCCCUGUCACCGUCUGGGUGUCCUGUCUGUGAUGUGACAAAGAAAGGUGAUGGCUUCAAGGAUGCAAGAGGGGCAGAGCAAGUGACGCCUUGGGCUGAGCCUCUGCUGCUGAGCUGGGCUGGGCUCCUGGGACACAGGGAGCUUAUGGCAAGCGAGCAGAGCUGCAGAGAGACAGCUCUGCCCAGGAGCAGCUCACUAAUAGGGCUGGGGGCUCUGCCUGCAGGGGACAAAGGGAGAGGAGAAAACAGAGAGAGAGGUUGGAGGCAGCGUAGGGUGGGAGGACAACUGCGAGCUCACUGCAGGAGGAAUCUUCACCAGCCUUCACACGGUAAGUCUCUGGCUGCGGGGUCGUGUAGAUGAGUGUAGAGGACCUCUGCUGCCUGCCAGGCUCAGCACUCAUCCUGCCCGGAGAGCUGCCCAGGGCGUGUGGAGAGAAGCUGUGGGUGGAAGGAGCCCCCCAGCAGGGCAGGAUCCUUCUGCUGUAUGGGGGCUGCUGCAUGGCACAGGCUGCUCAUAGCUCCUCAUCACAACCGGGACUUUUCCCAAGGGGCUUUUCAAGAGCAAGGUUAGAGAAAGGGCUUGAAAAGGAAAGAGUUGGUACUGUGAGUUUCCUACUCGUGGCUGGGUGGGCAGUGGCAGAGGGGAAUUUAUUUCUUCAUUCUGCAGACCCCAUUUCUUGUUAGGACUUGUCUGAGAUGCUUCCCAGUCCCUGUAGACACGGAGAAGCCCCCAGGCAGUGCCCUGAUGCCAGGAGGUGUCUGCAGGGCAGAGCUGAGCAUAGAGUGAGUGGGGUCUGUGAGCACAGAUCCCUCUGCUCUCAGUAGUGUUUGCUGGCUUUUCAGGGUAAGAGAUGAGCAUGAUUGCUGUAUGUCUCAUGACACAUGUGAUUGCUCUACAUCUCUACCUUCUGAGAAGGGGAGGGAUCUGUAAAAAGCAAUCUCGCCCAGACUGCUUUCUGCCAUCGCCGUUCUAGUGCUGACGUUGACGAGCACUUCUGUGUUAGGGGUAACUUAAUCCGACAAACACCAAAAUCAGGACUGAUCCCUUCCCACACCAUCCCCAUGAAGCCCCUGCUGUAGAGCGGGGCUGACUCCUUGGGACCUGGCAGGCAGAGGCCAGCACAAUCUGCCUGCAAAAGGAAAACCUGUAGCCAGACAGCUGAUGGAAAGCUCCUGGAAAGGGAAAAGGGUGUGUGCAAUGGUGGAGCAAUGAAUUUGCAUUUGCUCAGAGAGUUCUCUCCUAAUUUGUUAUUGUUUUUUUUCUCCUUUGACAGAGCGCCAUACCCACAGGCAGCAGAUGUCCAACAGCAGCUCCAUCACCGAGUUCCUCCUGCUGGCAUUCGCAGACACGCGGGAGCUGCAGCUCCUGCACUUUGGGCUCUUCCUGGGCAUCUACCUGGCUGCCCUCCUGGGCAACGGCCUCAUCCUCACCGCCGUAGCCUGCGACCACCGCCUCCACACCCCCAUGUACUUCUUCCUCCUCAACCUCGCCCUCCUCGACCUGGGCUUCAUCUCCACCACUGUCCCCAAAUCCAUGGCCAAUUCCCUGUGGGACACCAGGGCCAUUUCCUACUGGGGAUGUGCUGCCCAGCUCUUUCUCUUUCUUUUCUUCACUGGAGGGGAAUGUUCCCUUCUCACCAUCAUGGCCUACGACCGCUACGUGGCCAUCUGCAAGCCCCUGCACUACGGGACCCUCCUGGGCAGCAGAGCCUGUGCCACCAUGGCAGCAGCUGCCUGGGGCAGUGGGGUUCUCAAUGCUCUCCUGCACACUUCCAGUACAUUUUCUCUUCCUCUCUGCCAUGGCAAUGCUGUGGACCAGUUCUUCUGUGAAAUCCCCCAGAUCCUCAAGCUCUCCUGCUCAGAUGCCUACCUCAGAGAAGUUGGGCUUAUUGUGGUUGGCGCCUCUUUUGCUUUGUCAUGUUUUGUUUUCAUUGUGCUGUCCUAUGUGCAGAUCUUCAGGGCCGUGCUGAGGAUCCCCUCUGAGCAGGGCCGGCACAAAGCCUUUUCCACGUGCCUCCCUCACCUGGCUGUUGUCACCCUCUUUAUCAGCACUGCAGUGUUUACCAACCUGAAGCCCCCCUCCAUCUCCUCCCCAUCCCUGGAUCUGGUGGUGUCAUUUCUGUACUCGGUGGUGCCUCCAGCACUGAACCCCCUCAUCUACAGCAUGAGGAACCAGGAGAUCAAAGAUGCACUGAAAAUGUUGUUCCGUCAGUUGUCUUUCUCCAGCGAUAAGCUUCCCAACUCUCUUCAUAAGUGAU